AUGGCUUCAAAAAGAACUACUACUCUUGCCCUUUUUCUUCUUGUCAACCUUCUAUUUUUCUCUCUUGUUAGUGCAUGUGGCACUUGUCCUAGUCCAAAACCAAAAUCAAAACCAAAGCCAAAGCCAAACCCUAACCCUAGCCCUAAUUAUAAAGCCAAGUGUCCUAAAAACACCCUAAAAUUAGGUGUUUGUGCUAAUGUUCUUGAAAAUUUACUUGGUCUUAAAAUUGGUAAUAUUCCAAAGAAACCUUGUUGUACUCUUAUUAAAGGACUUGCUGAUGUUGAAGCUGCACUUUGCCUUUGUACUGCAACUAAAGCAAAUAUUCUUGGGAUUAAUCUUAAUGUCCCUCUUUCACUAAGUCUUUUACUUAAUGUCUGUGGGAAAAAGGUUCCAUCUGGCUUUAUUUGCCCUUGA